AUAAAAGAGAGAGAAAAAGAAAGAGCGGUGAAUUGGAGUGGAGGGAGAGAAACCAAACUUAUUCGAAAAAUAAAAAAUAAAAAUUUUCGAAAAGGAAAAAUCGAAAAUAAAGCCAGAAUCUUCGCACUAACCAAUAAUUAGGUAUUCUUCUUCGACUCACAAUUUCAUAGAUUUAGAUUCCCCUUCCUUAACCCUAAAAAGAGAUACAGUGAGACUCUUUUUCAUCAGCAUCGGCCAUUGGGCAUUGGUGAUUGGCGGUGGUAGGAAACAAUUCAAUUUCAUUACGUAUUAUUAUAUUAUUCUUGUUCUUUUUAUGUUUUCUUAGUUUUUUCUUGGAUUGGAAUUUUCAUGAAUAUUCCCAAUCAAACGUCAUCCUUGACCCAACUUUUACCCUAAACCCUUGGGAUUUUUCUCCACUCUCCAUUUUCAAUUUCUCGCAUUCUUGGUUUGGCUUUUGUUUGAUUCGCCAGAGGAAGGGAGCCCACCGCCACCCAGAUCGUAACUUUUUGUUUUUUAUGGGGUUACCGAAUUGGGUUUCUUAGGGUUUAGUAUGUGCUUGUGUUAUGAUGUUGAAGGUGGCGGUAAUGGCGGCGUCGGCGCUGGUAGGGAUUUCUGUGUGAGGCUUUCGUUAUGUUGUUGUCGAAGAAACAAGGCAUAGUUCGCUUCUUUUUCAAGGAGAUGGCUGCUCUUGCAAUUCGCAGCGACGUUUUUCUCAACAGAGGAUUUCAAAUCGACCCUUCUUAUUCUUCUUCGGAGCAAUCUUGCUUCACCAAGUUUCCACUUUCGACGCGUUAUUAUAGUAAUACUACUGUGAGAGGUUGCUUUGAUUCGGAUUCUCUUAAUAAUAAUAAUCGAGAUCCUCGUCGUCGUUCACUCCAUACUAAUAGUAGUAAAGCCAAUAAUGGGGCUCGUCUAAGCAGUGGCUUUGAUCAUCAUAAGGCUCAAUUCGUUCGUGAUUUGGAAUUGGAGGGCUUUUCUGCUUUGCAAGACGUCUGUGCCACCGAUGCUCGUACCUUGGCCCCAAAUGGUAGUGACGCAGCAUCAUAUGGGCGUAGCAAGCUUCUUGGAUUUCCUAACCAUUCUUUGCCCCGUGAAAAAUUUGCUGUUGCCGUUGACGUAGACGAGGUUCUGGGAAACUUUGUAUCGGCUCUGAACAGAUUUAUUGCGGACCGUUAUUCUUCAAACCAUUCAGUUUCGGAAUACCAUGUCUACGAGUUCUUCAAGAUAUGGAACUGCUCCCGCAAUGAAGCUGAUCUUCGCGUCCAUGAAUUCUUUAAGACGCCAUAUUUCAAGACUGGGAUUCACCCUCUGCCAGGUGCUCAGAAAGCGAUCCACAAGUUAUCAAGAUUCUGUAACCUUUCUGUUGUGACGUCUAGGCAGAAUGCCAUUAAGGACCACACAAUCGAGUGGAUUGAGAAGCACUUUCCAGGACUGUUCCAGGAGAUCCACUUUGGCAACCAUUUUGCUCUCAAUGGAGCUUCAAGGCCCAAGUCUGAUAUAUGCAGAUCUUUAGGAGCAAAAGUUUUAAUUGAUGACAAUCCUAGAUACGCCAUCGAAUGUGCUAAUGUUGGAAUCAGGGUUCUACUUUUUGAUUAUGAGAACUCUUAUCCUUGGUGCAAAAGCAAUUCCAUCGACAAACAUCCCCUUGUGACCAAAGUUUAUAACUGGGAAGAAGUGGAGCAACAACUUAACACACUGAUUUUUCAUUAGUAAUAUCAACAACUGAAAAGGAUCCAGUAGACUUAUAAAAUGAUUAUCCACCGAUUUUUAUGCCCAGAAGCCUCUAGUGGAUGCUCAAGAGUUUUGGGUGAAGCAGCUCUAAGAAGACAGUGGAAAUAGAAUGGUCCUGGAUAGUUGGCUUAAGGAAAUUAUGAUAACUAAAUGGGAUAUUGAAGAAAAUAUUAGGGAUGCCUCAUUUUGGACGUGACAGAGAUGUCAUGUUAUUGGAAAGUUAGUUGCAUUUACUUCUAUUAGUAUCUUAAUACAUCUAUUAUUUGUUUGGGUCAGACAGAUUUAAUUGACUGGCCCGGUUGAAAUGUACAUAUUCAAUUGUUUACAUUCAUGAAAGGCUGCGAUAAUCAAAGCUCGUCCCCUUUA